AUGCUUUUCUGCUUUACCACAUGGCCAGUAGCAAUGAUUUUGAACCAAGACAACAGUUUGGCUCAUAGCGUUACUGGAAAACGAUUCGGGCAGUGUACAAUAAUUUUCUGGUGGAGUUGUAUUAUUGCUCAUUUGGCUAUAUCCAUCAAUCGAUAUGUGUCAAUUGUGUUUCCUAUAAAGUCCUACAUUUGGUUCACUGUUCCCAACACCAAAUACGCGAUAUUUUGUAUUUGGCUCAUUGGUUUUCUGGUCACAAUUCCAUAUUUUUGGCAUGACACAUGCUACGUGGCAUUUAAUGCCCACACUUUCCAAUGGACCUAUGCAGAGGAUCCGUGCGGACAGUUUCUGUCAUUAUUCGAUUUCAUCGGCGGUGUCAUACUGUGUUCCUUCGCUUUCACUAUCGAUAUGCUAACUUUGUUCCGGCUCAGAGAAGCUAAUAAUGUAAUUUUUCAUUUUUUCGGAAGUUUGAUCAUCGGAAUAAGUACUCAAACCGCGGCCGAAGCCACGAAACGUCGAAAAACCGAAAUCCGAUUUUUCACACAAGCCUUCACACAAUGCAUCGUAUUCUGUAUUUGCCUACUGUCGUUUCACAUUUUCACACUUUUAUCUGAUAGUGUCUGGUGGCAGUUUUCAAUGGUUACAAUGAUAUGGAUUUUGGCACAUUCGCUUGAUGGAGCAAAUACGAUUAUUGUCUUAAAAAGCACAAAAAUGAUGUUCCAAACGUUUCUAACAAUGAUAUCAAUGGCGAAUUCCAUUCACACCGAUGAACAAAUACGAAAAAACAUAGAAAACGAGGCGAAUCGAUUUCAAGUGGACCCAUUUCCCCUAGGAUUGAGUUGCACCGUCGAGAGUUCCAUACAGAGAGCAGAAAAUUAUUUCCUCGAGACCUGCCCGCUAAGCUAUGAUCCAAUUUGCGACGAUCCCAUAUUCAAUAAGUACCAGGAAUUCGAGUAUCGCUGUCGAUUUCCAGUUUGGUCAAAUACCGUACUACAAAUUAACUCCUCAAAUUUCAUGGAUCUCAUCAAGAUGCGCGAUUAUUACGGUAGAGAUUGGUGUAUGGUUGUAUUAUUUCACUCGCCGAGCUGUCCAUUCUCCUCUCGGUUGGCUGCUCAUUUCAAUGAGAUUCCGAAAAAAUUCCAGAAUUUAAUUUCUGUCGCUGUCGAUGCUUCAGACUUUACAAAAUCGCACCGCUUGAAUUUCCGUUACGGCGUUUCUGGCACCCCAACCGUCCUUCUCUGGGUCAAUGGAAUCGGUGUGGCUCGAAUGGGAAUUAAGGAUUUGAGUUUGGAAAGUAUUAAGGAUUUGAUCACUUCUCAUACGGAUUUACAAGAAAUUCGAGAGAAAAACGAUGAGACGAGAGAGGAUAAUAUUCCAGAGAGAUUAUUCGAAUUGGGAGCCAAAUUAGAGGAUGUCUCCGUCGACGUGAAGGAGAACACAAUCAUGAACAUUCUCUACGUACUUUUGUGCAUUCUCGUUUGUACUAUCAGUGAGUCUUUUAAAAUCGAAUUUCGGUCAUUUUUA